AUGUUACCACAACAAGAAAGCCUUCAUGAACAAGAAGAGGUUAAUUCAAAUAGUAUUAUGGAAGAUGCUAUUGUUGAAGCCUUUGAGAAUGAUGAUGAUUAUAUAACUGAUCCAACAGUUAAUAUUGAUAAUUUUGAUACAUUAUCUUUAUCAUCACUUUCAUCAUUGGUGAUCGGAAGUAAUAAAUCACAUCAUGAUUCAAUGACAGGAUCUUCAUCUCUAUUAGAAGAACAUCACGAAUUAUUACUCAAUUCAUCUCGUAAUAUUAUUGCUAAUUCAUUCAAUGAACUUCCGAAUGAAAUACUUGUACACAUCUUAAUUUACUUGAAUGGUGCUCAAAUUAUUAAAUUAGAAUGUUUAUCAAAGAGAUUUUAUCAAUUAAUUCAUCAUGAAGAUGAAUCAGAACGUAAUUAUAAUAAAAAGAUUAGAAGAGGAAGAAUACCUUCAAAGGAAAAGAGAAAACAUCAAAGAAGAUUGUCAAUUAAUUUGGCAAAUAUGAUUGCAAGCUCUGGUUUAGAUUUGAAUUCAAUCACUUCUGGUUAUGAAUUUUGGAUGUUUUUAAAUGAAGUACACUUUAGAGAUGAAACUCAAAAACGUAGAAGAGAUUAUUCUUCAGCAAUUCAACCUAGAAUUUUCUACAUGUAUCAAUUAAGAGUUCAAUGGUUAAAUGAAAAGUAUAAUUUAGAAAAAGCCAUCAGAUCACUUGAAGAUGAAAUUACAUCUCAUUCCUAUUUUAAUGAGGUUUGCAUAUUUUCACCACAUUUACUCUAUCUUCAAUAUUUAUUAUUUUUAUUAGAUAGAGAUUAUGCUGCUAUGGAUUUGAGAUUUCAUGCAUUCAAUGAAUUGAAUUUAAAUAUUGAUACUCAUGUUAAACCACUUAUUAAUCAUAUUUUACAUUCAAUUUAUGAUAAUAGUGAUUCCAAAUUAUCAAUGGUUGCUAUUGUCAAUUUGGCAUCACCUGAUAUUAUUAAGAGACCAAUUACUAGCAGUUCAGUACAUGGAAUUACACAAGAAUCUCAAGCUCAACAAUUACUUGAAGAAGCUUAUGCUCAUGAUUUUAAAGAUAGACAAGAUGUUGGUAUGAUUAAAUUCAUUCAUGAAAUGCAUUUCAAUAAUCCAAUUACAACCUCAACUUCAAUGAGUAAUAGAACAUUGAGUAAGGUUGAUAAUGAAAAAGUUCAAUCAUCACUCAAUACAAUCUAUGCUAAAUGGUUUAAGAAAUGGGGUGAAAUUAUCAAAACAAAACCUGAAUAUUCCUCACUCAAUUAUUACAAUACUAGACAAAUUGAAACCAUUCAAAUCAAGUCAGGAUUUACCUAUGAUAAUUUAUUGAGAUGUGCAAAUGGUUGGUUAAAGAGAGAAUAUGUUUAUGCAAGACUUUUAAAGAAGGAAUUACAAUAA